ACCUGCUCGACUGCCAACAACCUUCGACCAGGCGCCACCACCUCUUCGUCAUCCAUCCUAGCGAGGACCCAGGCACCGCUCCUAUUUAGACGCCAGCUUGCCCCAUCUUCACUUCUACUCUCCUUCCUACCCACAGGACAACUUCACCCUCUGCUCACCUCAUUCCAUCACUUUCGACUUGGCCGCUAGAUAACGACCUCGGCAUAAGACCACCUACCACUACCAGCCCACCUCUACCUCUGUUCAUCACAACCACAACCACAACCAUGCGCCGCACAUCCAGCACCUCAAGCCUGACCGCAACCUCCUCCUCCUCCUCCUCCGCCGAAGAAGAAACCAUGCAAAUCUUCGUCAAAGACGUCUCAGGCCACAACACAAUCCCACUCACCCUCCCGCCCACAACCACAAUCUCAACCCUCACGACCCUCCUCUCCCUCCACUCGCACCUCCCCGCCUCCAUCCGCCUCGUCCACGCCGGAAAACACCUCUCCACCCCCUCGGCAACCCUCGCCUCAUACGCCCUGCCCCCCAACGCAACCCUGCACAUGGCCCUGCCCCUGCGCGGCGGCAUGCCCCCCAAGAAGAUCCGGUGCUCGUUCAAGACGUGCAAGGACGCGGCGCAGCGCAUCGUCGGCGACUGUGGGUUCUGCCAGGGGCAUUUUUGCGGGAAACACAGGUUGCUCGAGGAGCACAAGUGCGAGGGGUUGGAGGAUUGCAAGAAGGAGAGUUAUGAGAGGAAUGCUGAGAGGUUGGAGAAGGAGAGGACGGUUGCUAUCAAGGGGGUGUGAGCAAUGAGCGAUCGUCAUAGAGGAAUGGAUGGGUGGAGACGGUGCGAAGCGUUUCCAUUCAUCGGCUUUUUUUCUUUUCUCUUCUGUGGGUUCUUCGACGUAUCUGUCGUAGGGGUAUUGGGUCUUUGGGUUAGCGGGCCGGUGCAUGGGCG